AUGUCACAACUCGACACCUUGGACAUUAUUGUCCUCGGCGCCAUCUUCGUCGGCACAACUGCUUAUUUUUCAAAAGGCAAAUAUUGGGGUGUCACCAAAGAUCCAUACGCCAAUGCCUUUGCCAACACAAAUGGGCUCAGAGCCGGAAAGACGAGAAACCUUCUGGAGAAGAUGGAGGAGAGUGGCAAGAAUUGCAUCAUCUUGUACGGUUCCCAGACCGGUACUGCCGAAGAUUAUGCCUCGAGGUUAGCAAAGGAAGGCAAGAGUCGCUUCGGCCUAGAAACCAUGGUGGCCGAUCUUGAAGACUACGACUACGAUAACCUCGACUCAAUUCCCUCAGACAAGGUUGUCGUCUUCGUCCUGGCUACCUAUGGUGAAGGAGAGCCUACCGACAACGCCGUUGACUUCUACGAGUUCAUAACUGGUGAUGAUGUAGCAUUCUCUCAAGGUGCUGACCCCCCUCUUGCCAACCUCAACUACGUUGCUUUCGGUCUCGGAAAUAACACCUACGAACACUACAACUCUAUGGUGCGUAACGUCAACAAGGCUCUCGAGAAGCUAGGCGCACAUAGAAUUGGCGACGCCGGCGAGGGCGACGAUGGCGCUGGCACCAUGGAAGAAGAUUUUCUGGCUUGGAAGGAUCCAAUGUGGGCUGCAUUGGCAGAGAAGAUGGGUCUCGAGGAGCGGGAAGCCGUCUAUGAACCCAUCUUCGGUAUUGUUGAGCGGGACGAUAUCACCAAGGAUGCCCCCGAGGUGUACUUGGGUGAGCCCAACAAGAUGCACCUCGAAGGAACCGCGAAAGGACCAUUCAGUGUCCACAACCCAUACAUUGCUCCCAUUGUUGAAUCCAAGGAACUGUUUUCCGUCAAAGACAGGAACUGCCUUCACUUGGAGGUUGAUAUCAGCGGCUCUAAUUUGACAUAUCAAACCGGCGACCACAUCGCGAUCUGGCCCACAAACGCUGGGGAAGAGGUUAAUCUGCUCGUGGGUAUCCUAGGGCUUGAAGAUAAGAAAGAUACGGUGAUCAACGUCAAAGCUCUCGAACCCACUGCUAAAGUACCGUUCCCCACCCCCACGACCUACGACGCUAUCAUUCGAUACCAUCUUGAGAUUGGCGCCCCCGUAUCUCGUCAGUUCCUCGGCACUUUGGCUGCAUUCGCUCCCGAUGAAGCUACCAAAGCAGAAAUGACCAGGCUCGGUAGCGACAAGGAUUAUUUCCAGGAAAAGGUCAGCAAGAACCAUUACAACAUUGCUAGAACAUUGAGCGUCGUCAGCGGUGGCCAGAAGUGGGCAAACAUCCCGUUCUCAGCUUUCAUUGAAGGCCUCACCAAGCUUCAGCCCCGAUACUACUCAAUUUCGUCGUCCUCAUUCGUCCAGCCUAAGAAGAUAUCCAUCACCGCUGUCGUUGAGAAUCAAUUGAUUCCAGGCCGUGCUGACCCCUUCAGAGGUGUAGCCACCAACUACCUAUUGGCCCUCAAGCAGAAGCAAAACGGCGACCCUAAUCCCGAGCCAUUCGGACUCAGUUACGAGCUCCAUGGACCAAGAAACAAGUAUGAUGGUAUUCACGUUCCUGUACACGUGCGUCACUCGAAUUUCAAACUGCCCUCUGAUCCGGCCAAGCCUAUUAUCAUGAUCGGGCCUGGUACCGGUGUUGCACCUUUCCGUGGGUUUAUCCAGGAACGCGCAAAGCAGGCCGAGUCUGGUGAGGAUGUCGGUCGUACGCUACUUUUCUUCGGUUGCCGAAAGCGGGAUGAGGAUUUCAUGUAUGAAUCCGAAUGGGAGGAAUAUAAGAAGACCCUUGGGGAUAAGUUUGAAAUGAUUACUGCAUUUUCUCGAGAGGGACCCAAAAAGGUAUACGUACAGCAUAGACUAAAGGAGCGGGCCCAGGAAGUCAACGAAUUGCUCGAGAAGAAGGCAUACAUUUACGUGUGUGGUGAUGCCGCCAACAUGGCUCGAGAAGUCAACACCAUUCUAGCCCAGAUCAUUGCAGAGCAGCGCGGUGUACCGGACACGAAAGGAGAGGAGAUCGUUAAGAAUAUGCGAGCCUCAAACCAAUACCAGGAGGACGUCUGGUCAUAA